AGCUUGCCUCGACCACGUAGCAGCUUCCUGGCAGCGGCAGCGGCUUGUGUCUACUCUCCCUCUCUCUGGCACUCUCUCUCUCUCUCUCGCUCUCUCUCUCACUCACUCACUCUCACAUACACACAGUCAGUAUCAGUAGCCUAUGUAGAACCACGUAGCACCAGCUUUGGAUUUUAACCACCAACAGCACCACCACCAGCCGGAGCGGCAAUGGAUCUCUUUGAAUUCGACUUUUUCAGAGACUGGGAGCUUGAACAACCAUGUCAUCUGGAGUCGGAGCGCAGCGCCCUGAAGAGGAGAGAGUGGGAGAGGAGAAAUCAGGAGGUCCAACAGGAUGAAGACCUGUUUUCAACUGGAUUCAACCUGUUUGGAGAGCCUUAUAAAACUAAUAAAGGUGAUGCGUUGGCCAGUCGCGUCCAGAACACGCUGGGCUCCUACGAGGAAAUGAAAGACCUGUUAACCAGUCAUUCCAACCAGAGCCACUUGGUGGGAAUCCCCAAAGGCAGCAGCGCAAACAACAACCUGCAAACCCCAACGACUUCAACGACAGAAAGACCCGCCAUGGAAUCCCAGCUUUUCAGUGAGACCUUAAGAGGAGGAGCAGGUGUGGGAGGAGGAACAGAGGCAUGUGGGGACAAGAGGAUGGGAAAUGCACCCUCUUCGUCUUCCACCUCCAUGCAACCUCCAGCUUCAAGCACGUCGUCAUCAAGUGCAUCAACAAUUCCACAUCAGAAUUCAAAGAAGUCAAGAAGCUCCAUGGACUGGUCAAGGGGAGGCCACACACAGAGUACCCAAGGAACAGGCCUCGUUCUGGGGUUAGGACAGAAUGGUCAAGGGCAGGCUUCAGGAGCUACCAGUGCGAGAGGGAAAAUGUCCUUAUUAGAGGAACAGCAAAUGCAAAGGCAUGAAGAGCUCUUUAGCUCCCUGAAAGAUGAACUGGGUCUAAAAGGAGAUUCAAGCCCUUCCUCUUCCUCUUCGUCCUCCUCUUCCUCUUCUUCUUCUAGAAGGCACUCUUCCCACCCCUCUAAAACCCUUCCUCUCACAGAUGGUGGCAAUUUUCGAUCUUCCACCAUGGACGGUGGCCAUUUUAAGUCUUCCACUAACACAGAAAAUGGUGGACAUUUUAAAUCCUCCCCAUUUGAAAAUGAAACAGGUUCUCACCUCUCGACAUCCUCCUCCCCGCUGGCUUCCACAUCAGUCCUGACGACGCCUACUCCUGGUCUAACCACUCCCACAUCUGGACUGACCACCCCCACUUUUCCACCUGGUAGCCUAUCAGGGAAGCCAGUCGCAGUUCAGCAGAAGCCCACAGCAUAUGUUCGACCAAUGGACGGCCAGGACCAGGCACCUAGUGACUCUCCCCAGCUUAAACCCCCUCUAGUGGCCACCGAGGGAUUCAACAGCAGCCAGGCUUAUGGCGGGAACUCUGGAAAUGCGAAGAAUAAACUGCCAAAACUGAGUCUCAGCCACACAGGAGAGGUCAGCCUACCAAAUGACUCCAGCUGUGUUGAAGAGAUUUUGCGGGAGAUGACCCAUUCCUGGCCUCCUCCUCUCACAGCCAUACACACUCCUGGGAAGGCUGAUCAGACCAAGUUCCCCAUCCCAAACAAGGAGUCACAGCAUGUGACCUCAGGCUACAACACCCAGAAGCGAUGUAGUGUAUCAGCUAACAAGCCUGCUGCUAAACCACCAACUGCACCACAGAAGUCGAUGUUGGAGGAUGACCUGAAGAUCAGCAGCGACGAGGAGGAGGCUGAGCAACAGGUGUCUGACAAGCCCAAAGCCAGAGGCACAGCCCUAAGUGGUGCAUCUGGGAGUAGCAGUGAAUCAGAGAGCAGCUCAGAGUCGGACACAGACGAAUCAGAGAGCAGCUCCAGUGACAGCGAGUAUAACCAUGCCUCUCGCACACAGACUCCAGAGCCUGAGCCCCCCUCCACCAACAAGUGGCAGCUGGACAGUUGGUUGAACAAGGUCCAAGCUCAAACCAAACCUCUGGUUCCCCCACAGCAAGAACACCAUGGCACAGGCACCAUCAACCAGGGUCCAGAGACUUUCUCUCCGGGGAGUGAAGCACCAGGAGUGGGUACAACUACCAAGGCCAAGCCCUGCGGAUCCAAUAGCACCCCUGUCCCAGCUGCACCAACAGUGGAGCACAAGGAUACGAGGGGAACCUUCUGCCUGGGCAGAGAGAAGGCUAAGGGCAAGCUCAGCCAGAAGUCCUCAGGAGAGGGCCAGAGGUCAAAGAUGAGGCUGUCGCCAGGCCUGUUGUCAGGGCCAGAGGUCACAACCCCAAGGAGGAACACCACAGGGAAGAAACAGCCCAGACGGACAGAGAGGUCAAACAGUGUGGAGGAUAAUCAGAACCAGACAUGGAGCAGAGCAAACCAGCACAGCCCUGCAGCGAGGGAGAAGGACCUGUUGCCUCCCCCCUCCCUGGAGCAUCAGAACCCCCCAAGGCCGAGAAGCAAACCCCCCAGUGGAAAAACAGCUCCCAGGAAAGAACCUCGCAGUGCUACCAACUCAAACAACAACACAGUUACUCCACCAGCAGCGCUACAGCAAACCCCUGUGCCAAUACCUGCUGUCAGCGUAAAUCAGGUUAGUUUUUGACUGUGGCAUACAUGUGUGUGUUUAGUUGUUGAUGUAGUUCCCCAAGAAUUCCUUAUCCAUCCAAAUGACUUUCUAAAGGGAAAAAUUACAUAUAGACAGUUGGAGUGCAUGACUCAAGCACUGCAGGACAGUUUCCCUUCACUUAACCACAUCUGGAAAUACAGUUCAAGACCAAGUCCCACACAUAUGUAACACAUUGUCCAUGUAUCCUGUAAUGAUCACUUCAUCUUACAGUCUCUGGAUGAUUUGUCAAAUUCAUAAAACUUAUAAUGGCUCAACACUGACUGGUUUUAUCGAACUGUGGAAUGUGUGUGUGUGUGUGAGAGAGAGAGAGAGAGACAGAGAGAGAGAGAGAGAGAACUGUACAGGCAAAGAGACAGGACUGAAUCAUUGUCCAUCAUUUUAACCUGAAAUGAGUUUACACCUAGUGGUUUUAUGAAGAUUGGGUAGAUUGAAGGGAAAAGAAGAAAAGAAUGGAAGAAAGACAGAGAGUCACUUAAACACUUAAAUGGCUUUAUAUGUGUAAGACAUGGAUAGAAAAGGACAAGAAGUAUUAUAUAAAGAUUCCUCAAUGAAAAUGGCUAAAACAGAUUUUUUUUAAAUAUCACAAUUAGAUUUUGGCAGUGCAUUCAAAAUUUUGCUUUCUCCCAGUGUUAUUAAAGACUAACUUAUCACCAGGCUGUUUGUCGCUUUUCUGCCUGGAUGAGGCCUGUGCCCAGCAGUGAUGUCCCAGUGUUCUGGAGUACACCU